AGUACCUGAUACCGUAUCGUCCCAAUACGUAGACGCCAGUCACAAAUAUGAAAGAUACAAUUACAGUGAAGCGUAGAGAGGCAACCAAAUGUGGUACAAAGUCCAAAAGUUCCCAGCAGCGUGAGCGCGCACGGUGUAGUACUCCUCCUCCAGUUGCGCACACGCACGCACAUCUUCCUCCUCCUCCUCGUCGUCGUCACCGGGGGAUCUAGUCGGAACCGGUCGGGGGGCGAGCGGGCCCCUCGGUGCGAGAUAAUGGGCCGCCGGUGGACUUAAUGAGGCGGAGAUGCGCGGGGACGAGCUCAGACGCGCCACGGCAGGUGCGCGUCAGGUGAGGAGCGCCAGGAGGCAGAACCGCGGCUAAGCGGGAACCGGGAACCGGGAACCGAGCCCAGGGAGGCGGCCCGGCGGCGACAUGGAAGCCGGACAGAGCGCGCAGGCGGCGGACUGCAUGGCGGGCGAGCACUCGAGCGGCAACAUGUGCGUGCAGCUGGAGCGGGAGCGGGACCGGGACAGGGACCGGGACCGGGCCGAGCUGUCCAGCCCCAGCCCGCCGGCCAAGCAGCGCUCCCUGCGGGUGGUCUACGUGCUCAACGACGGGCUGAAGGCGGUGAUGGCCAGCAGCCCGGAGUCGGGCGCGCUGCACUGCCUGCAGCGGGCGUGCGACGCCGAGAGCGCCCUGCUCACCACCGUCACCUUCGGGAGGCUCGACUUCGGGGAGACCUCCGUGCUGGACAGCUUCUACGACGCAGACGUGGCGGUGGUGGACAUGAGCGACGUCUUCCGCCAGCCGUCCUUGUUCUACCACCUGGGCGUGAGGGAGAGCUUCGACAUGGCCAACAACGUCAUCUUGUACCACGACACCGACCCGGACACGGCUCAGUCGCUCAAGGACAUGGUCGCGCAGAAGAACACAGCGUCCAGCGGCAACUACUACUUCAUCCCCUACAUCGUGACCCCCAACCACGAGUACACCUGCUGCGAGAGCGACGCCCAGCGCAGGGCCAGCGAGUACAUGCAGCCCAGCUGGGACAACCUCCUGGGACCGCUGUGCGUCCCCCUGAUGGACCGCUUCACCAGCCUACUGAAGGACAUCCACGUCACAUCCUGCGCCUCCUUUAAGGACACCUUGCUCAAUGACAUCCGGAAGGCCAGGGAGAAGUAUCAGGGCGAGGAGCUGGCCAAGGAGCUGUCCCGCAUCAAGCUCCGCAUCGACAACACCGAGGUCCUCACGCAAGACAUCGUCAUGAACUUGCUCUUCUCCUACAGGGACAUCCAGGACUACGACGCCAUGGUGAAACUGGUGCAGACCUUGGAGAUGCUGCCUACUUGUGAUCUUGCCACGCAGCCCAUGAUCCAGUUCCACUAUGCAUUUGCACUGAACCGGAGGAACAGUCCCGGCGAUAGGGAGCAGGCUCUCCGUGUGAUGCUGCAUGUCCUGCAGUCGUGCGAACACCCCGCGCCCGACAUGUUCUGCCUGUGCGGACGGAUUUACAAGGACAUCUUCCUGGACUCGGACUGCAAGGACACCAAGAACAGGGACAACGCCAUACAGUGGUACAGGAAAGGUUUUGAGCUGCAGCCAACCCUCUACUCGGGAAUCAACCUGGCUGUUCUCCUCAUAGUUGCUGGCCAACAGUUUGAGAGCUCCAUGGAACUGAGGAAAAUUGGUGUAAGGUUGAAUAGUCUUUUGGGCCGCAAAGGUUCCCUCGAGAAAAUGAACAACUACUGGGACGUGGGUCAGUUCUUCACCGUUAGCAUGUUGGCUAACGACAUCCCGAAAGCCACCCAGGCCGCUGAGAAGCUCUUUAAGCUGAAGCCGCCUCUCUGGUACCUGCGUUCUGUCGUACAGAACCUUCAGCUGAUCCAGAGGUUUAAAAAGCAGUCGGUGGAACAUUCCCCCCAGCGGGAUCGACUCAACUUCUGGAUGGACAUCAUUGUGGAGGCCACGCAGGGAACCACCAAUCGACUCCGCUUUCCUGUCCUGAUUCUGGAGCCCACCAAAGUAUACCAACCUUCGUACGUGUCCAUCAACAACGAGGCAGAAGAGAAGAACGUCUCCAUCUGGCACGUGUCUCCUGCUGAAACGAAAGGGAUCCACGAGUGGAACUUCACCGCUACGUCCAUCAAAGGCAUCAGCAUCAGCAAGUUUGACGAACGUUGCUGCUUCCUUUACGUCCACGACAACUCUGACGACUUCCAGAUUUAUUUCUCCACCGAGGAGCAGUGCGCCCGGUUCUGCUCCAUGGUGAAGGAGAUGAUUUCGGACGGUACAGGCAACGCCGUGGAGUUGGAAGGCGAAGGAGACGGGGACACCCUCGAGUACGAGUAUGACACCGACGAGACGGGCGACCGGGUGGUGCUGGGACGGGGCACCUACGGGGUGGUGUACGCCGGGAGGGACGUCAGCAACCAGGUCCGAAUUGCCAUCAAGGAGAUCCCGGAGAGAGACAGCAGGUACUCGCAGCCCCUUCAUGAAGAGAUCGCCCUACACAAGUACCUCAAGCACAGGAACAUUGUCCAGUAUUUGGGCUCCGUUUCAGAAAACGGAUACAUCAAGAUCUUCAUGGAACAAGUCCCUGGAGGGAGCUUGUCGGCAUUGUUGCGCUCCAAAUGGGGUCCCCUGAAAGAGGCCACCAUCAUCUUCUACACCCGCCAGAUCCUGGAGGGCCUGCGUUACCUGCACGAGAACCAGAUCGUCCACCGGGACAUCAAGGGCGACAACGUACUGGUCAACACCUACAGCGGCGUUCUGAAGAUUUCAGACUUUGGUACCUCCAAGCGACUGGCAGGAGUCAACCCCUGCACUGAGACCUUCACCGGCACUCUGCAGUACAUGGCCCCCGAGAUCAUCGACAAGGGUCCUCGGGGGUACGGCGCCCCGGCCGACAUUUGGUCCCUGGGAUGCACCAUCAUUGAAAUGGCCACCGGCAAACCUCCUUUCCACGAGCUGGGGGAGCCGCAAGCCGCCAUGUUUAAGGUGGGCAUGUUUAAGAUCCACCCGGAGAUCCCCGAGUCUUUGUCGCUGGAGGCCAAGUCGUUCAUCCUGCGCUGCUUCGAGCCGGACCCCCACAAGCGGGCCCUGGCCUCCGACCUCUUGAGGGACACGUUCGUGCGACACAACGCCAAGGGCAAGAAGAGCAAGAUCGCGUUCAAGCCGUCAGGUGUGGCCCGGCGCACGCCAAGAACUACUGACAUGCUCAGUCCACUGCAGGGCGAGGCCGCCGGGAGCAGCAGCAGCGAGCACGGCUCCGUCAGCCCCGACUGCGACUCCAAGCACGACGUCUUCUUCCAGAAAAAGAAAAGCUCCGGCUCGGAGAACGUGCUCAAGCCGCCCAACUCCAACUACCUGAGCGUUCCAGACGAGGGUUCGGUGUCGGAGGAGCGCGGCGGCGCCCCCCCCUCGCCCGAGGACCGGGACGGCGGCCUCUUCCUCCUCAAGAAGGACAGCGAGAGGCGCGCCAUUUUGUUCAAGGUCCUCAACGAGGACCAGGAGAAGGUCAUCUCCAACCUGAAGGAAAACUACAUCCAGGGCAGCGAAGAGCUUCAGCUGUCCGUGGAGCACAUCAAGCAGAUCAUCUGCAUCCUGCGAGACUUCAUCCAUUCCCCGGAGAGGCGCGUCAUGGCGGCCACCAUCUCCAAGCUCAAGCUGGACCUGGACUUCGACUCCACCUCCAUCAACCAGAUCCAGCUGGUGCUCUUUGGCUUCCAGGACUCGGUGAACAAAGUCCUGAGGAACCACCACAUCAAACCUCACUGGAUGUUCGCCAUGGACAACAUCAUCCGCAGGGCCGUGCAGGCCGCCAUCACCAUCCUCAUCCCAGAGCUGCAGACGCACUUUGGGCCGGCCUCGGAGUGCGAGGGCGCCGAGAAGGAGGAUGAAGUGGACGAGGAGGAGGCCGAGUUCGGGGCAGUCUUGGCGCCGGGCGCCGCCGACGAGCCCGGGACGGCCGCCGACGCCGCGCUGCACUCGGCGGUCGCCGCCCUGCACCCGGCGCACGGCCACGAGCACCAGCGCUCGCACCAGCACCAGAUGGGGGCGCAGCUGGGCCGCCUCAAGCAGGAGAACGGCAGGUUCGCGACGACGGGCGAGUCGCGGGAAGCGGUCCGGACGUAUUCGUUGGACAUCUUUGACCUAAUUAUUGCCUUCCCUUUCCGGCGCCCCCUGGCACUGCUGGAGGAACUGCUGCACAGGGAGCGAGAGUACCAGCAGGUGCUGAAGGCCACGCUGCAGCAGCGCACGCAAGACCUGGACCUGGUCCGAAUCUUCUCACGUCGCGUUUGUGAACUUCCCGCAGACGUUUCCCCUCCCUCCAUCUUCCACAUUUCGGCGGACCACGAGCCGGACAAGCAGCUCGCCGACUGGCUGAAGGAGCAGGGGGCGGAUCCAGACACCAUCGAUAAGUUUGCGCUCGAAGAAUACACGCUGAUCGACGUCCUGAACGACGUCACCAAAGAUGACCUGCGAUGUCUCCGCCUCAGGGGCGGCCUCCUGUGCCGGAUCUGGCGGGCCGUCCAGAGGCACCGGGAGCGGGCGAGGAUCCGAGGCGACGAGCGUUCGGAGGACGAAGAGUGACGGGCUGCCGCCGUGUCGCUUUCGGUUUUCUUCUUUUC